AUGGCAUUUACGUAUGUUUGGAUAAACGAAAAGGUAAUUAUUUAUAUAAUGAGCACCUUCUCUCUGUCGUCCCAGUUCGUUGGUUCCUUCUCCAUCUUCCGCAACACUCCAGCGAAACUAACUACACGUAGAAACCAAAUGUCGUCUAACGUCUCGAAGACCUUGGAGUUGUUCUCCAAAGACCAAGUCGCUAAGCACAACACCGAAGAGGACUGCUGGGUUACUGUUUAUGACAGAAAAAUUUAUGACGUCUCCAAGUUUUUGCUUGAUCAUCCAGAUGGUGACAAGAGUAUCUUGAAGCACGCCGGUAAGGAUAUCACUGAGUUGCUAAAGGAUGAAAAGAUUGACCAACAGACUGACUUGCUAGACGAUCAAUACUUGAUUGGGUAUAUGGCCACUGAUGCGGAAGAAGAAAAACUUUUGACUAAUAAGGAUCAUAAAGUGGAAGUUAAAUUGAAUGAAAGCACCAAUACUUUCGAUUCAACCACUUUUGUCAAGGAUUUACCCACAGAGGAUAAAUUGAGUAUUGCUACCGAUUAUGAGAAGGAUUUAAAGAAACACAAUUUUUUGGAUUUGAAUAAACCAUUGUUGAAACAAAUAUUAUUUGGUAAUUUCACUAAGGAUUUUUAUUUGGAUCAAAUUCAUAGACCAAGACAUUAUGGUCAAGAAUCUGCUCCAUUAUUUGGAAAUUUCCUUGAACCAUUCACUAAGACUGCAUGGUAUUUAGUCCCCAUUGCCUGGUUACCAGUUGUGUUUUAUCACAUUGCCCUAGCAUUCAAGAACAUUAACGCUUUAUUCGCCAUCAUGUUGUUCUGUAUCGGUGUUUACGUCUGGACUUUUAUUGAAUACUGUAUGCAUAGAUUCUUAUUCCAUUUUGAUGAAAGGUUACCUGAACAUAAUUUUGCAUACAUGAUUCAUUUCUUAUUACAUGGUUGUCAUCAUUAUUUGCCAAUGGAUAAGUAUCGUUUAGUCGUCCCACCAGUAUUAUUCAUCUUCCUUUGUGCCCCAUUCUAUAAGUUAGUGUUUGCUCUACUACCUUAUUACUGGGCUUGUGCAGGUUUCGCAGGUGGUAUGUUCGGUUACAUUUGUUACGAUUUAUGUCAUUAUUUCUUACAUCACAGUAAAUUACCACCUUUUAUGCGUAAAUUGAAAAAAUACCAUUUGGAACAUCAUUACAAGAACUACCAACUAGGAUACGGUGUUACAUCCUGGUAUUGGGACAAGAAAUUUGGUACUUAUUUGAGUCCAGAUUCUCCAUUAUCAAAGAUGAAGUACCAAUAG